GCUGCCUGAUGUGAUCGAUUUGUGCUGCGUUAAUACGAUUCGUAUAUUAUGGUAACAUAGUUUCGUAUUCGUGUGAUCCAUGUUGGUAUAUCGAUCGCGAGAUCCAAAGUAUGGGUGAAUGAGCUCUGGCAACAAUACUUGAGGAAAUACCUGCCUACCUGCCACCAUCAUCAUCGAGUGCUGGAAAGUCAUCGUCGGUAAGGUGGUUGAACUUAACAGGACACUUUUGAACGUUCUUCAAGGUGCACACAGGUUAAUAAGAGAGCAAAAAAAAAAAACAGGUGAAAGGUCUUUGAGAGUUUGUUGACAUGUUGUUGAUACGGUGCGAUAUCGCGUAUUAAUGGAAAAGGUGGCUCGAUAUAGGUACUUGUAAGAGGAAAGUAAACGCCCUCGUAAAUUAUGUCUCCGGUAGUAUGAGCUGCAGAAUUGAAUUGCGGUAAUGGCUGAUGCCAUUCUGCAAUUAUUCCAUCGGCUUGUUAUUUGUCAAUGUACCAGGUUCCUCUACCUCUACCUCUACUUACGUCGUCUGGUAUAACUGUGAAAUAUGUGUAUCGCGAAGAACAACGUGCACAGUGCUCGGUUAACUUCCGUUUUUCUUUUCCUCCACAAUAAAGGAAACCGGUUGUGGUUGUGCCUUUUGGAAGUUUGUCUUAAUUAAACGUAAUUGCUAAAAUAAUUUACGUGGUUAUUGUACGUGCGCGUGUCAUACUCGUACCACCAUCGAGUCGAUUCAGUUCGCGAUUACUGGAAGGUCCUCUGACUAAAAAAAAGUGUCGUGUGUUGUGUGGCUGGAGAAAAAAAAAUGCUUAGUGGACAGAUUUGUUUCCAUGGAUGGUAUCCACAAUACGUGUAUUGUUGUUUUGGACACAGAGUCCAAAAUGUAUUUUACUAAUGGCAAAACACCAAAAAUCGGAGCCAGGCAGUAUUAGCCCCAGCAACAGCUCUCGUCUAUUGUUCGGCAGUCGACGUCUAAGUCACAAUACGAUUCCGGCCAAUAAAGAAAAUUCAUCUAGUCUUCGAUCCGCAUAUAGCAUGGAAUAUUCAUCGACCAUUGACGACGAUGUUAGCCCGUCCAAAUUCACCAUGGCUCGGAACGUGAUCCGAGAACGAUUCCCGCUGGAAGAUCAAGAUCCGAAUUCGCAAGAUAGCGGAUACAGUAACUCCAGCUCGUUGUAUUCGGACGAUUCCAAGUCAUCGUCGAAUUUCAGAUUCGCCGAGCCAAACGGCGUACCUCCGAGACGACAAAAUACCGUCGAAUUUUCGCCGGGCAGAGAUUUGAUAGCUUCUCCUAUGGGUAAAAAGUCAUGCUCCGUGUCUCCGCGUUACCGUAAACAAAUCGUAUUCCAUAGUAUGUCGACCGAUUCUACUUCGAGCGAUUUCAGCGACGAUGGAUUCGGCGAAAAUUUAAUGUUACCGUCGACCGGAUCUUUAAUGAUGGAACAAGACGAAAAUGCCCAGUUACCCGCAGGUUUCAACGCUUUACUAUCCGGUACAAUCUUCAAUACUAAUAAAAUUACCACCGGUGAGAGUUCGCCACCGCAUACGGAAAGUUCGUUAUUGCAGACGAGUCUGAGAAGGUCGUUGACCGAAAACAUAACUCCGAACAGAGCGGUGAUAAAAUCUUCAGUCGAGACCGAAUUCAGCGAGUUGCUAAUUUACGAAAAAGAAACUACCAAAAGAACCGCUGCUCAGGAAGAGGAAGGCAGCGCACCGUUUUUGAAACGUCGUAAACCGAAUAAGCUAAUUUGUACUCCGAGUGAUAAAACCAUCAUUAAACAAGGACCAGCUACCGCUCCUGCGAUUUCCAUCAAGGAAACGCUGUUCAGUUAUGGAUUUACGAAGACGCAUGUGAAAUUACACAGAUCAUUUUCCGAGACCGAAGCUACCAUUACGAAUGCAUUACAGAGAUCUAAUUCGGAUCCGAAUUUAAUCGGUGAUUUUACAAAGCCUUUUGUGUUACCUUUGAAGAUGGGUAAACAUUCAGACUUGAAGAAUAUAGACUGCCAUACGUUAGCGAAAUUAAUCAACGGUGAAUACGAUCACACGAUUCGAUCAUAUACUAUAAUUGAUUGCAGGUAUCCUUACGAAUACGAAGGAGGUCAUAUCAAGGGUGCUAUUAACCUAUAUACCAAAGAACAAAUGAUGGAAGAAUUAAAAGAGAAGAAAUAUGUCCAAAUAAACGAUUCCGACGCAGCAGACGGUGACAACAACAAACGUAAUAUUCUGAUAUUUCAUUGCGAAUUUUCCUCUGAACGUGGCCCAUCGCUAUCGCGUUAUCUACGGAACCAAGAUCGCGAAAAGAACAGCUUCCAGUAUCCGAAACUAGAUUACCCGGAGAUCUACCUUUUGGACGGAGGAUACUCGAAAUUCUACCAACAUCAUAAAGAGCUCUGCGAUCCUUGCAGCUAUCGUCCGAUGACCGAUCCCAAUCACUCGGCUGAAUUACGCGCGUUCAAAGCCAGAUCUAAAUCUUGGGCUUGCACAGGAGAUAAUCGUAAACUACGAAAUACGUACUUGAAACGCUUAGGUUUAUAGUAAACGUGUUACUAGUUCGUAUAUUAUGGUCAACUGUGGAAAUUCUCUGGGUAAUUAGGAACAUUUCUUCGUCAAAGAGAAUGCGUUGUGUGUUUUGAAAAAGAAAAAAAUCUCGAUUGUACGAUCGUACGAGAUCAAAAUUAAUAUCAUUUUUGAAACAUCGUUUCGGUUUCGUAAUAAGUCACGUAUUAUGAUCUCAUUAAAAAGAAGAAAAAAAAUUGUCUACUUGUUUCGGUCGCAUUUUACCUAUAAUUAAGAAUAACACGUUGGAUUAUUUUUUUUAUAUCGUUUAAAAAAAUUUUUAUUUAAGAAGAAAUGAUUUUUUUUUCAUUUUUUUCUUUUACUCGUUUACCUCUAUUUGUUAUUAUUAUUAAUUUUUUAACUUCGUGUGUGGUUUUCUUUUAAGCCGUGAUUCUGCCAGCGAUCACUGCCCGAAUGCUAAAUUAUCGAUAAAUAUAACGACUUAUUUUAAUUAGAUAUUUUUAAUUUGUAGAGUAUCGUACGUUUCACCAUUUGAUUUGCUCGAGGAUUGUUUCGAUGAAAGGAGUAAAAAUUUGUAAUCUUCAUAACGGUUUUAUUAUUAGUUUUAUUUAUUUUAAUGUGUAAUUCUCAAACCAAAUUCAUUAUUUUGGAAGUUGUUGUUCUAUGUGUGUAAUUUGCAUGAUCUCAAUCAUGUUUAGUAGAUCAGUUGCCAUACUAAUUAUUAUGAAUAUUACUUGUUGAAAAAUUUUUGUUCAUAUUGUAUACUAUAAAAUUAUUAAUAUUGUAAUUACGUUUGUUCUAUUUUUUUUUCUUAAUUGUGUGGUUUCUCUUUCUCUCUCGUUCUUGUACUUUUUUUAAAAAAAUGUGUUUCUGUUCUUGUAUUUUGUAUUUUUUUUUCUCUUUUUUAAACUAAAUAAUGUAUCUACUUUUUUUUUUUAGUAGAUGUAAUUUGUGUGUGCGGAAUGGAAUACUUCGAUAACCCGCGAGGGUUUG